UAUAUGUUACAUUAUUCAAUUCCUGGAUUGGAAUGUAUGUAGCUUCUUUCAAUUUAAUCAAUGGCUAGCUCGUCCGGAAACGGUAGUAGCGGUGGUAAUCGUAUAGUAGAGGUUGUAAAUGGCAAGAGCUGUUCGAGAAUGUUUACAGAUAUGUCAUCGUCUUUUUCGUUUCGAGGUAUUCAAUCAUUUGGGCCUGCAGAUUCUUCGUUUUCCUCUCAAUCUGCAGUGUCUGAAUCUAUGGUUGAUGUUCAGUCCAAUGGUCCGUUUUCUGGUCUUGUUAUUUGUGUUACUGGACUAUCAAAAGAAGCCAGACAACAAGUUAGGGAUGCGACGGAGAGGUUGGGUGGUCAAUACAGCCCCCAUUUGCAUCAUAAGUGCACACAUUUAGUGAUUCAGAGCUUUUCUGGACGUAAGUUUGAACAUGCUUUGAAGCAUGGAGACAGUAAUGGUCUGUUCCUUGUCACACUUGGUUGGUUUGUGGAGAGUGUUAGAAGGAAUGAGAGGUUGAGUGAAAAACUAUACAGUGUAAAGAAUGCAGCAGAAAAUAAUAAAACAUCACUUCAAUAUGCCGGUUCAGAGUCUCCUUAUCUUCCAGCAGCCAUGCAGAGACAUGCUAAGCAAUCUAAUACGACUUUACAGUUCUCUGAAAAGGAUAAUAAUGCCCAAGCUGCGGAGUCAGCUCUCUCUGGUCAUACCCUCUACAUUGAUGUAGAUGUUUCUCCUGAAAUUCGAUCAAAGAUUCUCGAAGUAAUUGCUGAAGAGGGUGCCACAGUCGUGGAUAGAUGGUUUGUGGGUUGCAAUGCGAGCUAUGUAGUCUGUGAAGGUCCAUCAAUGCAUAAGUAUAUGGGCUACUCUAAUAUUGUAACACCACAAUGGGUUCUAAGGACUGCAAAAGAAAAGCGUAUACAUAAGCUUGUGAACCUUUCUGCUGAUUUGGCCAGACAGAUUGGAACAAUGCUCGAUAAUGUUCAACUUGCAACAUGCAGGGAGUCUUCUCUGCUUGAGUCUGUGAAUGAAGUAGAUGAAGAUCCUACAACUUCUAGAAUUGAAGAACAUUGUAUAGACAAACAAAUGAUUGUUAAUAUGGCAAAAGAAGGUGUUAGAAAGCGUCGCUGUCGACGUAUGCAGACAUGUCAAACUCCACUACGACCAAUAACUCCGAGUAUUCUUUUGGAAUGUAUUUGUUGGUCGGUGUCAGAACCGACUUCAACUGCUUCUAUCUAUUUAGAUACAUCAAGUGUGGUGGAUAAUGGAAGUGAACAGAAAAUUUCUGUUAAUUUGUAUGGAAAAGAUGGUGGCAAAGAAUCUGAAGCUACAUUCAUGAACCACUCUAGAUCACUUGCUGAAAGUGAGAAAACGGAAUUGAUAUUCAAAAACCAUCUUUUGUCGAUAUUAUAUCCAGUUGACCGAUAUAGUGAGGUAGGUCCUUGUUCAAGGACAUAUUUCAGUUCAACGGGCUUCACAUGUUUGCAAGUUUUGGACAUCAUUUACACAUUUUAUCAGGAGAACAUGUCGGAUCAAGAAAUAGAGACUGCGAUUCACACGGACUCGAGACAAGCUGAUCGACUUCGAGCUGCGUAUUGCAAUAAUGAAACUGCAAACAAAGGGUACGUCACAUUCAAACGCAUUGAUUUCUUGGGAAGUCGUAAAUGUUUUGAAAUGUUGAAACGAGUUAUUGGUGAUAAUAAUUGUAAUGUAUAUGAAUUAUUGCUUAGAGCAUGAUUAAAUAAUUGUAGAAGGAUACUUUAUCAUUAUUAUUUUUAAUUUAGAAAGUUAGCACGAUCC